UCCUGCUCCUUCCCCCAAUUCUACCAUAUCUUUCCUCGGCCGAUGCUCGCGCGUGCGUUCAGAUGGCGUGUUGGGUGUCGACCUUGAGCUCAUUUCUUUCAACGUCGGUCCCUCUCCUGUCGCUGUCGGAGGUGGCACUCUACCCGGAGGCAGUCGAUCGUCGACUGCUAACACUCCCCAAACUCCGCGCAGUCGCAGACGUCACGUCAACCCUCAGUUGACAUCGCCGCAGGCCACUCGGGUGACCGCCAAUGUAUCACCAUCUGCGUGCGUCACUUCGUACUUCCUCUGCCGUCGUUUUCUGAUCUGCAUGCUGUAGUUCAUCGUCGACGUCUCGCACGGCAAACCAUCCUUCGACCUCUUCGCUUACUGCGGACAACUCUAGUGCUGCUGCACUUGAGUUACCUCUCCCGGUCGACCUCCGCGAAAUGUCUCCUCUCACGGACGCCCCUGCGGAUGAAAUCAAUGGUAAUGUGCCCGACGCGCAUGCAGAAGACUCUCCUUCUCAGCGGAAGGGGAAGAAACGCGCCCGCGCUGCCUGACGUCCAUGUCGUACGUUGAUCAUUGCCUUUUUUUGUUCUAUUCGCCUGACGUCAGAAUGUACAGCCAGUAUGCAUCAGUCUUUGUACUUAUAUCACCUGUGGCCGUGCUGAAUGUACUGUAUUGCGAUAUGUAUUUUUAUGUUCAUGCGUGAGCGCGUUCGACCUUGCUAUUGCCUGCUGGACCUUGCGCAGGGUGCGUAUAGGCCAACAGCAUAACCGUGGGAACUA